AUGUCCUCAGGGACGGGGCCGACGCUGGCUCAUCGAAGCGUGGCCAGCAUCCGCUCAGCCCCAACGAUUCAAGAGCAUUCGGGAUCAGGCCCUACGCCAAAUACGCCCCCGCGGAUUAUCGCAAACACAUACGGCUCUCCAGCUACCAUCAGAGCCGACGAUGACUUUCUAAUCCUUCAAAUUGGGUCACGGUUUAUCCGUGCUGGAUUUGCGGGGGACAACCAGCCCAAGGCGGUGCUCACAAGCGAGCCAAAAGACCAGCGACGAGCGGGAGAUUUCAGGAACUGGCAGCAGCCUGGAGCUGGCGAUGUCGAAUCCUGGGCUGAGCAGUACGAGAUAUGGCGAUAUGACUUGAGACAAGUCGACCUUGGGCUUGUUUAUGAUAAGCUGGACCGGCUGCUGAGAGAUGCCUUUGGAAGGUGUCUGCUGAUUGACUCCCGGCCAAGAAGAGCUGGCCUUGUUAUCGAUCCUGCGGUGCCAAUACCAAUUCUGUCCACUGUGCUUGAUCUCUUGUUCAAGGGGUUUCAGACACCAAUGAUCUCUCUCAUGUCCACGGCCACCAUGUCUGCGGUAGCUGCAGGCGUCCGCUCAGGGCUGAUUAUUGACAUGGGGUGGUCCGAAACGAUAGUCACUAGCGUCUACGAGUACCGAGAGGUCAAAUGCACGCGCAGUGAGAGAGCAGGGAGAUAUCUUCACAAUAAACUCUACGAGGUUCUCCGGAAACUAUUGACUGACAAAGACGAAGACGAAGGCGGUGUACGAGCCAUCAGUUUUGCGGAAUGUGAAGACAUCAUGUGCCGUCUGGCGUGGUGCCGACCGUUGGCGUUCAAGAAAGUUCAGGCUCAGAGGCAGUCGCAGCAAUUAGAUACGGUGGAGGAGCAGGAUGAGUCUGAGCCGGAGCACUCGCAAGGCGGCGUGGCGAGCAUCCCGUUAAGAUCGACCAAUCCACCAAGGACACUUGAUGUCUCUAUGGACAAAAUUGCGGACAUAUGCGACGAGACGUUCUUUGAUCUGUCAAUAGCACCAACAACAUUUGACGACCACGAACUUCCGUUGCAUUUGCUCGUAUAUCAGCAUUUAUUACAACUUCCAAUGGAUGUGAGGGCUACUUGCAUGCCUAGAAUCAUCUUCACGGGUGGCUGCUCCAAUAUCCUGGGCGUUAAAGAGCGGGUUGUAGACGAAGUCAUGAGCAUGGUCAACAAAAAAGGAUGGGCCAAUGUCUCGGGCAAGCACGUGGAAGAGACUCGAAACAGCCAGUUUGCCGACAGAAGAGCAAGCGUUGCAAAGUCAGUUAGCUCGACAGCGACGGCGUCUGAUCCCGGAGAAGAGCAAGAGUCAUCACGACCAAGUUCAAUAGCUACGGCAUCUGAUAUAUCGGAUCCCAUUGAGGCGAAGGUAGCGCGCCAUCGACCACAAAUCCAGCAACUACAGGGCGAAUUUCGUACGCUUCACUCGCUUGGGCCAUGGGCUGGGGCAAGCUUGGUCUGCCAACUCAAGAUCCCCGCCAUGGCUACGGUAGACCGCGAGCUAUGGCUGCAGCAGGGAGCUAGUGGUGCGACGCGGCCAAAUGAAAUCGAUGUCAAGGCCCAGCAACGACAAAGUAUGGGCGCGGGAGGUUUUAUUCGCGGUAGCGGAGGACAUCACACAAACUGGACGCUGGGAGCAUGGGGCAAUGUAUGA